AUGGUUGAUUUUGCAAAAUCAUUAUUUGGCUUUGGUGGAUUCCAUCAAAAUCCUAAAGUUUCAAACGAAAGAUCACAAGUCAUUAAUCAACAACAAACACAAGAACAAGUACAAUCAGAACAACCAAAUAUUGAUGCUGAACAUGCAAAUGACUACAAAUCUCAAUCAAUGUCUUCAUCGGGUACACUUUUCCCUAAUUUCCAACACACGUCAAAUCCAACUACUGCCUUAAGUGACAAUUCAUUCGUCUACGGAACUACAACCAAAUCUAACCAAUAUCAACCACAGGAAGUCUUAUCACAAGUUGCAACUACAAACAAUAGUACCAAACCAAAUUCCCAACGUUCAACUACUAGUCCAACUCCAACUUCUCCAAUUUCUAAUAAUACCAAAAAUAAUAAUAAUGAAUUAUCUUCACCAAAAGUAAUUACUUCAAAUCAUCUAGAUGUCACUAAUAACAAUACAUCAGCACAAAAUGGUGGUGCUAUUCCAAGAGGUAAAUUAAGAGUUAAUAUCAUUGAAGCUAAAAAUUUAUUAACAAGAUCUUCAAACGCACAACCCUAUGUGGUUUGUACUUUUGAGAGUUCAGAAUUUAUUACUCAUGGUCCUGAAAGUGUUGACAAUCAUCCAGCUUCGAUUGAUAAAAAUCGUUAUAAUACAAAUGGUUUGAGUAAAAGGGAUAAAUCUAUACCUGCAGCAAGUAAAAGACCUUUAUAUUCAAGACAAUCAUCAUCUCAAUUUUUGAAUAGACAAAGAUAUAAUUAUCCAUCUUCAUCAAAUUUGGCUGAUUCUCAAGAAUUAUCAAAUAAUUCAAAUCCUGUAUGGCAUCAUGAAACAAUAUUUGAUGUCAUUGGUUCUCAUUCAGAAUUAGAUAUUUCUGUUUAUGAUUCAGAUGAAACUUUCUUAGGUCAUGUAAGAUUAAGACCAACAACUUUAUCAAAUCAUAAAAAUGUUGAAUGGUAUAAAUUAGAAUCAAGAGUUGAUGGUGAAAAUAUUGAUGGUGAAAUUAAAGUCAGUUGGGAUUAUUCAAUAACAAGAAAGAAACAAUAUGGUCCAACAGAUUUUGAAGUUUUAAGAUUAUUAGGUAAAGGUACAUUUGGUCAAGUUUUCCAAGUUAGAAAAAUUGAUACAGAUCGUAUUUAUGCUAUGAAAGUUUUAUCUAAAAAAGUGAUUGUUCGUAAAAAGGAAAUUGCACAUACAAUUGGUGAACGUAAUAUUUUAGUUAGAACAGCAGGUGCUUCAUCUCCAUUUAUUGUUGGAUUAAAAUUUUCAUUCCAAACACCAGCAGAUCUUUAUUUAGUUACAGAUUAUAUGAGUGGUGGUGAAUUAUUUUGGCAUUUACAAAAAGAAGGUAGAUUUGCUGAAGAUCGUGCAAAAUUUUAUAUUGCAGAAUUAGUUUUAUCAUUAGAACAUUUACAUGAUAAUGGAAUUGUUUAUAGAGAUUUAAAACCAGAAAAUAUUUUAUUGGAUGCUAAUGGACAUAUUGCAUUAUGUGAUUUUGGAUUAUCAAAAGCAGAUUUAUCAACUGGUGAUACAACAAAUACCUUUUGUGGUACAACAGAAUAUUUAGCUCCAGAAGUUUUAUUAGAUGAAGCUGGUUAUACUAAAAUGGUUGAUUUUUGGUCAUUAGGUGUUUUAAUUUUUGAAAUGUGUUGUGGUUGGUCACCAUUUUAUGCUGAUAAUACUCAACAAAUGUAUAAAAAUAUUGCAUUUGGUAAAGUUCGUUUCCCAAAGGAAGUUUUAAGUCCAGAAGGUCGCUCGUUUGUUAAAGGGUUAUUAAAUAGAAAUCCAAAACAUAGAUUAGGUUCACAAAAUGAUGCAAGAGAAUUAAAAGCACAUCCAUUUUUCCAUGAUGUUGAUUGGGAAGCUUUAACAACUAAAAAAGUUCCACCACCUUUUAAACCACAUUUAUCAUCAGAAACAGAUACAUCAAAUUUUGAUCCAGAAUUUACAAAUACAAGUGCAUCAGUUAUAAAUAAACAAUUUCAUUUAGCAUCUACACCUUUAAGUCCUGGGGUUCAAGCAAAUUUUAAAGGAUUUACAUUUGUUGAUGAAUCAACAAUGGAAGAUUUCCAUAAUAAAAGAGCUCAACAAGCUGGUUUUAAAGAAUUUGGAUCAUUUAUUCCAGGUAAUCCACAUUUACCUCCAACAGAAGAUGUUAUUGAAGAUGAUGAAGAAGAUGAUGAUAUUGAUGAAGGAAAUUUUGUUGAUCAUGAUGGAGAUCAAGAAAUGGAUGAUCAAUUUGUUAAUGGUCAAUUUGAUCUGUGA